UAUAGUCCAAUAUCAUAUACUACUAGUGCUAACGUUGUAAUCAGUGUCUCAAAUUGCUCACCACAUAUUCUUAUAUACAAGAAGAACCGUAUCAUCAACCACUUCCUCACUCAAUCAUCAACUCUUCUUUGUAAUAAAUCAAUACAAAUAUAUAACACACCUCUGGAAUCUUACUGCCAAGUAUGACAAUUUGUUUCUUUCAAUCUCAAACUGUGGUUUAUGUUUCGUGGUGAAACUCAUGAGAAACACCGGAAAUCAAAGAUUCACAUGACCAACUCCAAUAUAAUCUUUUGUCUCAUUCCUAGAGUCACGUGAGUGAAAUUUUCAUCACUAUAUUAUCCAUACAAAAUCACUUGUUGAGAAAGUUAUAUCCAAAUCCAUGGAUGCUAAAAACAUGUUGAGGUUCCUAGUUCUUUCUUUCGGUUUAACACUAGUUUUACUUCUUACCUGGUCUCACCUUCCAACAUCAUUCCUUAACAAGGAAACUCUAGACUGCAACAUUUACUCUGGAUGGUGUACCUCUAAGAACCGUUUCCAAUCUUCAAAUCCUAUCAACAAACCAAAAUUCUCCACUCAUAAUCAAAAACCGCGUCACGAAUCUGAUGUUCCUCGCCACCCUUUAGAUCCUCUAACCAUCAAAGAAUUCAACGAGGUUCGCGCGAUCCUGUCUGAACACCCUCUCUUUAAGUACUCAAACAGUUACACUCUUAACUCCAUUGUUUUAGAUGAACCAGACAAAGAACUUGUCCUCAAAUGGAAAAAGGGUCAACCGUUGCUUCCUAGGAAAGUUUCUGUGGUUGCACUUGUGAAAGGUGUUGCUCAUACUCUCAUUGUUGACCUUAGCACAAGUCAAGUUACCAAUGAAACAAGGUCACCUUCUUCUGGAUACCCGACCAUGACAAUCGAGGAUAUGCAAAGUGUACUUGAUGUUCCGUUGAAGAGCGACGAGUUCAACCGCACGAUCAUUAAACGCGGUGUCAGUUUAUCAGACCUGUCAUGCCUUCCACUCGCUGCAGGGUGGUAUGGAACGCCGGUCGAAGAGAAUAGAAGGUUGAUUAAGGUGCAGUGUUAUUCAAGUAAAGGAACUGUGAACUUCUACAUGAAACCAAUUGAAGGUUUAACCGUGUUGGUUGAUAUGGAUAAGAAAGAGGUUGUGUCCAUUGCAGAUAAUGGAGUAAACAUUCCUGUUGCAAAUGGAAUCGACACUGAUUACCGUUACUCGGUUCAGAAGCUCAACGGAGAGUUGAAUUACCUGAUAAAUCCGAUAUCAUUGGAACAACCAAAAGGUCCAAGCUUCAAAGUUGAUGGACAUAUAGUGAAAUGGGCUAAUUGGGAGUUUCAUUUGAAACCCGACCCAAGAGCUGGAAUAGUUAUUUCUCAAGCCAAGGUGAGAGAUACAGAUACAUUAGAGAUGAGAAAUGUUAUCUACAAAGGGUUCACUUCUGAACUUUUUGUGCCUUAUAUGGACCCUACUGAUGCAUGGUAUUUUAAGACAUACAUGGAUGCUGGUGAAUAUGGAUUUGGUUUGCAAGCAAUGCCUUUAGACCCUUUGAAUGAUUGUCCAAGGAAUGCUUAUUACAUGGAUGGAGUGUUUACUUCUGCUGAUGGAACACCCUUUAUCCAACCAAACAUGAUUUGCAUUUUUGAGAGUUAUGCUGGUGACAUUGCUUGGCGACAUGCUGAGUGUCCAAUCACUGACAUGAAGGUAACAGAAGUGAGGCCAAAGGUGACAUUGGUGGUUAGAAUGGCAGCAGCAGUGGCAAACUAUGACUAUAUUGUAGACUGGGAGUUUCAAACCGAUGGACUAAUCAGAUCCAAGGUUGGACUAAGUGGUAUCUUGAUGGUGAAAGGAACGACCUAUGAGAACAUGAACCAAGUACCAGACCAAGAAUAUCUCUACGGAACACUUUUAAGCGAAAACAUUAUCGGCGUAAUCCACGAUCAUUUCAUCACAUAUUACCUUGACAUGGACAUCGAUGGCUCAGACAAUUCAUUCAUAAAGGUAAAUAUAAAGAAACAAGAAACCUCUCCAGGAGAGUCGCCGAGAAAGAGUUACCUGAAAGCUGUGAGAAAAGUGGCUAAGACGGAAAAAGAUGCUCAAAUAAAGCUUCAACUAUAUGAUCCAUCUGAAUUUCAUGUGGUGAACCCUUUGAAGAAAACAAGGCUGGGGAAUCCUGUAGGGUACAAAUUGGUUCCUGGUGCUACAGCAGCUAGCUUACUUGAUCAUGAAGAUCCGGCUCAAAAGAGAGCGGCUUUUACGAAUAAUCAAAUAUGGGUUACUCCUUAUAACAAGAGUGAGCAAUGGGCUGGUGGAUUACUUGUUUACCAGAGCCAAGGCGAUGAUACUCUUCAAGUGUGGUCCGACAGGGAUCGUCCAAUUGAGAAUAAGGACAUUGUGUUGUGGUACACAGUAGGGUUCCAUCAUGUACCAAGUCAAGAGGACUAUCCUAUAAUGCCUACUGUAUCUGCAAGUUUCGACCUGAAGCCUGUCAACUUCUUUGAAAGAAAUCCAAUUCUGAGAAUGCCGCCGAAUUUCCAAGAUGAUUUACCUGUUUGCAAGGCACAGGAUUCAACUUGAGAGAUUCUGUCCCAUGGUUUUAGUCUAACUAUGUGUGUGAAUGAUGCUGAAACUCAUAGCUUUAAAUAAUUAGUAAUGGCAAUGGUUAAGGCUGGAUUGUGAUGUGAAAAAUGUAGAAUGUUUUAUUUGUGCCAAAUAAAUAAACCAGAAGUUGGUCUAAUGGAAGCACAUAUUAGUUCUCCAAGUGAGAAGAAAUAAAACCUUAUAUAAGAGGAAUGAAAGUAAUACUCCCUCUAUGUCCUUAUUUUUAGUAUUUAUAAUAAAUUUAGAUAAAUUGUGUUUAA